AUGCCGUCACAGAGAACCAAAAGUUCAAGAAGAUCCAAAAAGGGGACAUUAUAUGAGGAUGAUGCUGAUGCAGCAGACGCAGUAACAUAUGAAAAUCGUACUCGUACAACAAGAACUGGAAGGACGGUUCCGGACUUGGUAAAAGUCUCAUUGGCAGUUCCACAGAGGCGUAAUACAGGUGAUCCAUGGCAUAUAGACAAUCAGGAUACAUCAGAAGGCUAUGAAGGUGAUUAUGACAUACACAACACUGAUGACCACCGCGACGAUGGAAGACCUGUAGACUCCAGACCUCGAAAGACUCAAAGAGACUACAUUCUGCAAUUUGUGGAACGAGUGGAUGAUAUACUUGGUGCAUUGCUGAGUCGAGAAGCGCCGAGGGCGCUUAAUGCACCAUCCAUCUGCACACAAUGCCAUAACGAUUGCAUCUCGGUAUGGAGGUGUCGAGAUUGCUCUAUUCCAUCUCUAUUAUGCAGACGGUGCAUACGACAUGAGCAUCAGGUUAAUCCAAUGCAUAGGAUAGAGCGUUGGAAUGGUGCCUAUUUCCGAUCAGCAGAGCUAUGGGAGGUGGGAUGUUAUCUAUUAAUAUCUCACCAUUCUGCAGAAUUUCCUCCUCUAUGCGAAUCUCUAACAUUUCAAAAGCAACUUCUUGAGGAGUUGGAAGAGCGGAAAGACUUUGAAGAACAGGCUCUACUGCGCGUCGCACACCCGACAUCUGAAUCACCUUCAUAUCCUUCAAGAUAUGACAAUGAUAUUUUUAUGGAUGAUACUAAGGAGGACUCAGAACAUACCCAAAAUCCAGAUGGCAUUACAGAUGAUCAGUUUGAGGAGUAUCUCAACCAGCUUCGGGAGGAUCCAUCAAAUUUGGAGGGAUUUGAAGAUGGUGAUGAUGAAGCAGAGGUAGGUGAUGCCGACUCCGAUGUCCGAUUCAUGCCAGCAUAUCUUUCGCCACCAACGGUCGGGAAUCGGGAUCCCAACUCUACCUUCACUGGAAAUGCCCCCUUUGCUGAUGGGUUAAACAAUUCCUAUGUGCGAGUUGUGCAUACUAAUGGCCUUCAUCAUUUGGCUAUGGUAUCUUGCGUUUGCCAUGGGUCGGGGCAGCUUCCUUUAGAUCUCAUGGCAUGCCGAUUGCUACCGACAAGUUUCCAGCAAAUCCGCACACUAUUUUCCGCACAAUUAUUAGAUUAUUUUCGACUCUCAAAUUUAGAACUCAAGUCUUCUGCUUACCAGUUCUACUCCCUAUUGCGACGUGUCACCAAUCCGACUGCCCCGCAUACCGUUGUCAAUCUUUAUAAUGAAUUUCGACGGAUGUCCCGCUUAUGGAGAUGGAUGAAAAAGUUAAAAUGGGCAGGAUUCGGAGGCCAUAACGGCAAAAGUGCACUGUCGGUUGGGCGGGGAGAACUAGCCAAUUUCUGCCCAGCAUGUCCACAGCCUGGUGUCAAUUUGAGUGCCAACUGGAAAGAUGACCCCAAUCGCUGGGUCUACAAGCGUGUUUUUGUAGCGGACGGAAACUUCAAAGCAGACCAUGUCCGAUCUAAAAAACCAUCCCGCGAUAUAUGGUUGUCGGAAGGUGGUGGAAUGACACCCGAUCGAAUGGAGUAUGGUGAAUUUUUGAAAUCCGCCAUUGAAGCAUUGACAGGAGCACCAUGUGAAAACACAUUCCGGGCAAUCCAAAAUUCAUUAUUAUCAUCAAAAUCCUGCGAUGUUACAGGCAUUGUGGGGGUUGCCUGUGCAAGGCAUGGAUGUUACGCCCCCAAUUCACUUGUCGAUCUUUUUAAAGGAGAGCAACAAAAGAAUGUCGACUUUGCCCUUCUAUCAGCAUUAAAAUCAACAGGUGUUGAUCCCGACCAAGGCCUAGCGGUUAUCUACGACAUAAUCUGUCAAUAUAUCAUUUAUCUUCUCAAGCGUAUUGGGCAUCUACUCCCCAAAGGACUCAAAGUUGAUCGGGCAAUUGGCAUGUUUCACGUACAUGCUCAUAAAGAUGAAUGUUUCUUUAGAUAUGCACCAACCUUCAUUCCUGGUGCCGCUUGCGUCUGCGGAGAAAUUUUGGAAUCACUAUGGGCGGAUUUGAAUCAUAUAUCUCCCGCCGCCCGCACAGCAACUCUGGCGCACCGUGCAGAGUUGCUAGACGAUCAUGCUUCCGACUCUAAUCACAAAAAGGCUCUUGGAAUCACAAAAUAUCUCUGUCGUAGGCAUGAUGAGGCUGAAGAAAAACAAGAGCAGUAUCGGGUAGCAUUUGUAAACUUAACCCAAGGAGCUGACCCCGAUGCAGUAAAGUUAUGGAAACAACAAAUUGAAGAAGCUGAGUCCAAGAGGUUGGUGGACCCAAAGGUUAUGGAUAUAUAUGCAGCAAAAAGGCCUGGAACCUCCACAGUCACUCCCGAUGCAGUUCCGCAUCGACCUCUAAACCCGAUUGAGUCAUGGAUACAAUUUGCAGUAGUUGUGGAAGAAAGACAGUAUGUGUUUAAAUCAGUCUUGAUUAUUUAUCAUGGUGUUAAUAGUUAUACACACAGAUUGGACAUUCGGAUGAGAGCCCGACGCCUUAUUAACCAUGAUCGGCUUGCAGAACGUAACAAAUUAAUAAAGCUACGCGAAACUUUAAAAGCAUUAAUGGCUCAACUAAGCAUUCUGCAAAAUGACGCGGGAGUUCUUCCGACAGCUUCCAAAGGGAAUGAAAUACCCGAACAACUCUUUAUAGAUUGGGAGGAUGAGGAAGACAUUUUGGCGCCGGGAUCGGGUUCAGCAGUGUAUGAGCCUAUUGACCUUCAAACAAUAUUCCUACCUUCUAAUGGGAAUGUGGACAUCAUUCAUGCACCAUCUGAAAUACAUGCUAGGAUUUCACAAGCUCGAGGACACCUGAAUCAAAUUCGAGAACUUAUUGCAGAGAGGUCAUUUCAGUAUUCCGAUGUCAUACGAAAGGGCCCACGAAAAGGUGUGCGUACACGAGGACAAGCGGCAGCAAAGGAGUUGAGGGAACGCAUUUCACAUCAUGCACAAGCCUACUCACGAUGUCGAGAUUGCCUAGUUCAACUUGGUGCCGACAACAAUAUUCUUCGGGAGUUUCGGGUCCUCACCAAAGAUGAUGUCCGAUCAAGUACCGCUGUUCUUAACCCGAACAUACCAGGAUCGACAAAUUUCCGCUUGUCAUGGAUAUGGUACUCAGUAAAUCAACGGUUAGGUCCCCGAUGGGUGCUGGAUCCCGACGCUCCCGACAAUGCCGAUCCAAAUUCUCUCGGCGAUAACGCUGAUCCGGCAACAGUGCUUGAAUUUAAAAGAGUACAUUGGUUAAGAGCCAGAGCUCACUUUCAACGAUGGAAGGAGGAGAGUACAUUGGUUAGGUAUGAGAUGCAAUGGACCGUGACAUAUUUCUUACACAAGAGUGCAACCUGGAAGUCGGCUAUCAAGGAUAACCCGACAAUUUUGCCGGGUGCAAUAGCAUAUGCACAUCGCAAAGCGCAAAUGUGGCAUCAUUUGGCUUUGAUAUCAGAUCGAUCUUUUAGAUCAGUAAAUAAACAUUACAAACCUUUGUAA